AUGGUCGGACGCAAGAGAAUCCUCCUCAACGACGAGAAUGGUCAAGUGCAAGGAUCAGAGAUGCAGUCCCGAAAGGCGACGCUGCACCUGGAGAACCAAGAGCGCGCCUACGUGGCCGCUUCGCGCCGCGCCGACCGCAGCCUCGAGGCGCGCUACCAGUCCGCCGUCAUGGCGAGCCGCGUGCACCAGAAGCGCACCGGAAAGGCCCUCCGCGUCACGUACCAGAUCGUGCACGACGAGGACAUGUACGAGGAAGAUGACCCAGUGCUGUCCGGCAGCUGGAACCAGCCGCAGGAGCAGCGACACCGGGGGUCGCCGCACGCCGCGUACCGCAGCCGGGCCGCGUCGCAGACGGACGCGUUCAUCUCGGCGCUGAUCGCGCGCAAGGCGGGCAUGCCGAACUACUUUGGGCUCGGCCAUGCGCUCCCCGCGUCGACGACCUCCGGCAACGGGCAACGGGCGGAGCAGCAACAGCCGCCGCCGCCGCCGCCGCCAAUCGGUCACGGCAUUCCGAGCGACGGCAUCGAUUGCCUUGCCGAUUGUUCUCCCGUCAAUCCUUCUGCGGCAAGCUUGGGAGGAGGGGGGGAGUUCAGCUUUGACGCCUGCUUUGCGGAGUUGGCCGCCUUUCCUGGCGUCGCGCCUCAUGCACCGACGUCAUCCGGCGGCUCCUCUUCGCCGAGUGACGACAACCCAGCCUACGAGCCCAACUACAUACUCGGGACCGGCUCGGAAGAGCAAAGCUUCAGCCCCGGCGCCGCCAAUCUAUGGCUAGAGGACUUCGUGGUAGACGGGGAUAACGACGGCGGCUUGCACCGCACGCCGUAUGGACUGUCGUUGGGAUAG